AUGAUGAUUGAUGGUUUCUCAUUUAUUUUAUCAAAAGAUGAAAAAUUUAUUAAUGAAACAUUUUUUGGUAUUACAAGUAAUAAAAAAUUUUCGGCAAGUCAAUUAUUCACAGUACUUGGUGAAGCAAAUAUUGCCAGAAAAUGCCGUUGUUCAGAAGUAGAAUAUUGUCGUAAUAAAAUAUUUAAUUCAAGAAAAGAAUGUGCCAAAAGUUGUUCACAUUUUUUACAAUAUUUUGCCGAAAACCCUGAAAAAGCAAUUAAUAUUUGUUUUGAGGAACAUUCAUCUGACUAUAAUAAUGAAAAAAAAUAUGAUUGUAAUUUAUAUGAUUAUUGUACAAAAGAAAAUAACAAACAAAUUAAUGAUGUUUAUAUACCAAAAUAUAAUUUAACAUAUUAUCAUAUGUAUUAUCAUAAAAAUUUAUCAACAAAUAUUUAUUCUGAAACACCACAAAAUAAAAAAAAUUAUGUAACAUUUUCAUAUUAUAAAAAGUUUCAACAUUGUGUACAUAAUUGUAUGAAAAAUAAUGCCAAUAUUUGUUAUAAUAAUGAUAAGAAAUGUUCUGUUGAAUUGAAUGAAUUUAAUAAAAAAACUUCUAAACAAAUUGAAUAUUGUACAUGUAUGAGUGUUAAUGUUCAUAUUUAUAUGAAAAGAGGAUGUACUUGUAUGCAUGAAAAGAUGAAAAUUGAAAAACUUGGAGACACUAUGCAAACUUCUCAAUCUAGUGUUGUAUCACCAGGAGGUUAUAAUGAUAACUGUUCAACUUCAUCUACAAUUGGAUUUAGUGGUAAUAUGAAUUCAUCUCAUUACAAUACUGGAAGUGGUGGUUAUUAUUCAACAAGAAUGCAAAAUGCUACACCACCAAGUUUUUGUUGUGAUUGUCCUAAUACUCAAUCUAGAUGUAGUGCUGAUUCUUGCCCUUGUUUUGCUGGAAGAAAAAUGUGUGAUGAACAUUGUGAAAGUGCAAGAUAUCGUGGUGAUUGUUUAAAUCAAGCAAUUUGUAAAUGUUCAUGUGAAGUUGAUCCAGCAAAACCAGCAAAAAAUGCUUGCUCAAAAAAUGAACGUUGUGAUUGUUUAAGAAUAAAAGAAAGUUGUAGUAAAUUAUGUGCUUGUAAACAAAUUUGUAAAAACAAAGAACCAAUAAAAAAAUUAACAAAAAUAAAAAAACCUUCAGGUGGAUGUCAAUGCGCAAAAAGUAAAAAACAAUGUGUUAAAAAAGAAUGUCCAUGUAGAGCUAUGUAUGAAUUUUGUACAUCAGCAUGUAAAUGUUGUGGUGAUUGUACUAAUGGACCAUCAAAAUUUCAUGUUCCAAAACAUGUACAAAAUUGUUUCUUAGAACAUAAACAUGAAAGUAGUGGAUUAAUUGUAACAUUAAUUGGUGAAGAUUACAUAUAUAGAGGUGAUUUUUAUCAUGAAAGUAAAGGUGAACCACAUGUUGAGGAACAAUUAGUUGCUGCUAUAUAUGAUUUAAUAUCAAAAUAUAAAAUUGAAUUAUAUGAAAUUGUAAUAUUUGUAUCAAAAUCACCAUGUUUUCAUCAAGAUUGUGAUCCAAAAUGUGAAGUUGUUGAUGAAUGUAGAAGUAAUAAAGCUUGUGCUAAACUUUUAGGACUUUUAUUAUCAAAAGUUCGUAAAGAAUUAUGUAAAGUUGAUGUAAAAAUGACAGUAAAAUUUUUAUAUCCACAUUUAAAUAGAGGUGAUCUUUAUACAAAACAAGGUAUAUUAUGUAUGUUACAAGCUGGAAUAAAAGUUGAACCACUUUUAAUGAAAGAUUGGUCUGCUAUUAUGGAUUGGGCACCACAUGCUGAUCAUAAAGGUGAAUAUUUACAAUUAUGGAAUAAUCAUAAACUUGACAAAGCUGUAGCACAGUCACAAUCAUUUAUCAAUGAAUGUCGUCGAGCCCUUGGACUUUCAAUGAAAUUUUGGGUUGCAGAAAUUCAUGAAAUUGUUAAAAAUACUAUACUUCAUUAUUCAGAAAUUCGUGUAAAAUGUGGUGAAUUAAAUAAUGCACUUAAACAAUUAGAUCUCACAGCAACACCACAUAAAAUACGUUCCACACCUAGUAAAAGAAGAAGUUUUAUUGAUAUGCUUGAAUUAAGAGAUAAAUUACUUCAUAGACAUACAGAUAAUAAAAAAGAUAAAUCUGGUAGUAAUGUUUCUGUUGCAUCAGAAGAUGCUCAUGCACAAGCAAUGGUUGCCAGUUUUUGUGGACGUUCAUUUGAUGAUGGUGAGACAAAUGAAAUAGCUCAAAGAAUUCGUCGAGCUACUGCUAAUAUAAAUGUUGAAAUUGAAACAUUACUUGAAUUUUUAACUCAUAAAGGAGCAAUUGCUUAA